CUGCAAAUUGCUGGCGAAAAAUGCAAGCAGGUUGAAUGUUAUUUCGUUUUUGGAUAAAUUGGGCAAUAAACAACUAACAAAAUGCCUAUAAUGUACAACACGGGCGAGUGGUUCAAAGUGCGGCCGGACUACUACAGAAAAGUGGAACUCGCUACACCCGAUUGGCCCUUGGAUUUGGACUUGGAGUACAUGCUGGUGGAAGCGGCUCCAUAUGGAGGACCAUUAGCGGCCACAAGGGAUCCCACCAAAUUGGUGCCGGUAAAGGGAACCGCCAGACCAAUGAUUCGCAUCUUCGACACAACCGGCAGGGAAACAGGUCACAUAUUGUGGAACCAUGGGAAGCUAAUAGCCAUGGGCUGGUCGGACACGGAGGAGCUUAUCUGCAUCCAGGAGAACGCUACUGUGUUUGUGUACGACAUGUUUGGCCGGGAAAAAGAAUCCUACAGCAUCGGCGAUGAAGCAAGUGUUACCAAAAUUGUGGAGGCGAAGGUUUUUCAGUCAUCGGCUGGAACAGGAGUAGCCGUGAUGACCACAUCUGGUCGGAUCUUUCUCAAGCAGAACAGCAACAAGACUGAAAGGAAAUUGCCAGACAUUCCGAAUUCCAGCAUCAACUGUUCUUGUUGGGAGAUUGUUACCGAGGGACGCAAUAGCUAUUGCCUUUUGGGAAGAGAUCGAGAGGUGAUUAAACUGUUCCCAGGCGAAACAGUGGGCACCAUUACAGCCAAUCUCUUCGAGAAACCGCAUGAGCGAAUUAUCAAGAUCUCCGUGUCGUACAACCACCAGCACUUGGCUUUGUACACCAACACCGGACUUCUUUGGCUGGGCAGCGUGGAUAUGCGACAAAAGUACUGUGAAUUCGACACGGGUCGCAAGGACAUGCCAUUGCAAAUGGAAUGGAUUAUGAACUCGGAUAACAGUGAAGCGGAUGCCGUGGUCAUUUCCUACCCAUCCUACCUUUUAAUUGUUAAUCGCAAUGCUGAUCGCAGUGAUUUUCCUUACGAUCCUGUCAUGUUCCUUGUAGCAGAAAUGGAUGGUGUCCGCAUCAUCACGCAGAGCUCACAUGAGAUGAUUCAACGCCUGCCCAAGUGUGUGGAGAAUAUCUUCGCUGUGAACAGCCAGGAACCGGCCAGCUAUCUUUUUGAAGCGCAGAAGAAGUUCGAGGAGAAAUCGUACAAGGCGGACGAGUAUCUCAGCAUGUGUCGGGAAAACAUUGAUCUGGCGGUGUCCGAAUGCAUAGAAGCAGCGUCCUUCGAAUUUUGUCCAGAGACUCAGAAAAGUUUGUUACGGACGGCUUAUUAUGGAAAGGGCUUUAUACGUGGCCACAAUCCCGACGAAUACAUGCGUAUAAUGAGAAUAUUGAGGGUACUUAAUACUCUGCGGCAUGAGAGGAUUGGCAUGCCGCUUACCUUUAAACAGUUCACGCACCUUAAUACCGAGGUGAUACUCAGCCGUUUGGUAUUCCGCAAGCACUAUGCCAUAGCCAUUCAAGUGGCCAAGCAUUUAAACCUUCCGGAAUCCUGGAUCUUGGAACACUGGGCCUACCAUAAGGUUAUCAAUGAUCCGAAUGACGUUGAAGUGGCGCGUAAGAUUACAGAAAAGUUUAAAAAUCCCUCGGUGGAGGGCAUUUCCUUUUGCAAUAUUGCUGCGAAGGCACAUCAAGCUGGUCGUGAUGAUCUGGCCAUCAAGCUGCUGGAGCUGGAGCCACGUGCUUCGCUCCACGUACCUCUGCUGCUAAAGAUGCGGAAGUUUGAUCGGGCGGUAGGCAGUGCCACGCAGUCUGGAGAUACAGAAUUAAUCACCCAAGUUCUACUGGAAAUGAAAAUGCACAUGAUGCUGUCUAAUUUACAUAUGACCAUCAGAGAUCAUCCGCUGGCGCUUAACAUGUACAAAAAGAUCAUGCGGGAAUCAAAUCGAGCCGGGCUCUAUGGCAUUUACAACACAGAGGACGAUCAAAAGGCAAUCGCCGAGUAUCACUUUGAAAACGCAAUCGAAACCGAAGGUCUGGAGUCGAAUCUGUCGAUGAUUGGCAAUGCAUACGCCCAGGGACGUUGCACAUUGGAGGCAGAGCUUUGUUCAGAUACUAGUCGAUUAUUGAAGCUGCAAAAGACUCUAGGCACAAAGUAUAACGUCAGCUUCAGUGGAUUGUCAGUACACGACACCAUUCUGGAGUUGCUACAGAUCGGAGAGUUGAAGGAGGCAGAGCGGUUGAGAAACGAUUUUAAGGUGCCCGAGCGACGAUUUUGGUGGAUGCGAAUCCUCAUGCUCUCCGAGCAGCACAAAUGGGAUGAGCUGGAGAAGCUGGCGAAAAGCAAAAAGAGUCCCAUUGGCUACGAUCCUUUUGUAGAGGUCUGCUUAAAACAGGAUAAGCCAAGCGAGGCGCGGAAGUAUAUAGCCAGAUGUCGGGACAACCGCAAGGGUCUCUGGUUUUUGAGGGCAAACAUGUUUAAUGAAGCCAUAGAUUGCGCCUUCGAGCAGCGAGAUGUGCACAGUCUCUAUGAACUGCAGAAGAAUCAGGCAAUCGUGAACGAUGGCACUCUGCUCAGCAAAGUUUGCACUUACAUUGCCACGCUGGAAGGAAAGUAGUCGCAACAUUCCUAUUAAUGAACAAACAGUUUGCGUAUAAUAAAAUGGUAUUUAUUUAUGGCUAUACAAGGAA